AUGACAAGCACAACACCCACUACGGAUGAGAAAUUGCGAGUUUUCAUUCGUUUCAGACCACACGUUCUCGCAAUCGAUCCACCUACAGCCAACAAGGACGAUGCCACAAAGUGUUGUGCUGCUUUUCACAAGUCUGGAAAGAAGCUCCUGUUGAAGUAUGGCGUUGAUCAACCCAAAGAAUUUCAAUUCGAUCGCGUUUUCAACAUGAAUACAGCUCAGGGCGAGGUUUUCGAAGAGGCUGCUCGGCCCAUGAUCCCUCUCUUCAUGUCUGGUCGAAAUGUUACCUUCUUGUCUUGGGGCUCACCACCCAAGUCAGGUAAAACCUUCACAAUAUUGGGUUCCGAAGCUGUUAAUGCUGGUUCAGUGAUUGAUUGGCAAGAAGAGAAAGACACCGACGGUGUGCUGCCCAGAUUUAUUCGUGGAAUUUUCGAUGCCAUUGUGGAAAGUCCAGAAAGUCUUUCAUUCACAAUUAAAGUGAGUGUUUAUGAAGUAUGGAGUGGAAGUGGCAUCAUUUGUGACUUGUUGAAUGAGAGUCAUGUUCAACAACAACAUUCUGAAGAUUUCACUGGUCUUGAAUGUCUAUUACAGGAAGACACUCAAGAAAUUGAAGUUAACGGGCUGAUUGAACAAUUUGUGGAGGCUGAUGACGAGUUGUUAGACAUUUUGGCUUCCUCAAUUCAAAAAAGAAAGAUUGAAAAGGUGAAAAAAGACACAAAAUUUGCUUCCAAUUUGUUUGUUGAAUUGACUGUGACGCAAAAAGACAAUGAAAAACAAAAAACCAUAUGCAGCAAAUUGACUUGUAUCGAUCUCGAAUCACCCUUAAUUGAUAUUUCAGAAGAAGAGGCAGAAGAAUUAGAAAAUGGUCAUGCAACAUUUUCGGAUUUAUGUAACUUGAUGAACGAUCCAAAAUCUCAAGAGGACGACUCCCAAUUCUAUUCUUCAAGCUUAUCAGCUAUUCUAUACUCUCGCUCUUUGCAUAACUGUAUUGCUACGACCUUUGUAAAUUGCUCACCGGCAAUUCCUCAUGCAGCUCAGUUCACAUUGGGAGUUUUGGAGUUUGCAGAUACAGCUUUGAAAAAUCUUGUGAUACCAAAAGUGAAAACGGAGAACCUUAUUCCAUUUGUUGCUGAUGACGCUGUUGCUACCAGUGCUGGAGGAGACACUGCUUCUUCAACUACGGAAACUGGUUCGUCGAGCUCUCAACCAGGUCUCGCUCCUGUUUCUGACCUCACCAAGACCAUUGACUCUACAGCUGAUCAGUUAAUAACUUCUGUGGCUACAGAUUUGAAAAAACUUCAAGAUACUGAAAAGGAGUACUAUCAACAAAAGCAACAAAUUAAGAAUUUACAACAAAACUUGGAAGAAACAAAUUCUCAAUAUCGAACUCUGCAAGAAGUCAAUUCCACACUGAAAGAUCAAAUCGAUCAGUUGCAACUUCAACUUAGCAAAGUGAAAUCUUCUGAACAAGAACUCAAACAAAAAACUGCAGAGGAUGAAGAAAAGAUCAAGGAGCAAUUGGAAAAGCUUGAAAGUACCAACAAUUCUCUCUCCGAAAAGUUGAGAGAAAUUGAAACCUUGACCGAACAACAGAAAAAACUCGAGUCCACACAUGAAAAUUACAAGAGUACUGUUACUGGCAAGUUGUUGUUAUUGAGAAAGCAAAUCAAGCGUGCCAAGACUGAAGUGAGAGAAAAAUUAACAGUAGAUGUGAAACAAUUUUGUGCAAAUGCUCAAACUUCACUUUUUGAAACCAUGGGACCUUCUAUUUUGGAGACUAUUAACACACAGCUUAGUCUUAUCAAAAUUGAAAAUGAAAAAAACAUUUCAUUGUUGAACAAACAACUCGAAGAAUCAAGAAAAGAAGUGUCCAAGCUGAAGGAUGAGAUGAACAAGACCUUGGAAGAACGAAAUGCUCUCAAACAAGAAAUUGACAAACAAAAGCAAACUGUGAACGAAUUGUCACAAAAGAUUGUCACUUUAGAAAAGCAAGAACAAGAAUCAAGUUCAAAGAUUUCCACGUAUCAAAAAGAAAAUGCUGAAUAUGAAAAAUCAAUAGAACAAAACAAAUUAGAAAUCUCUAACUUGAAAGAAAGCGUGAAACAAGAAAAGGAAAGCAGAGAAAAAACUGUAAAUGAAUUGGAAGCUGAGAAGAAACAAAAAGUAGAGCUUGAAAAGGAAGUGUCACAAGUCAAGUCAAAUAUCGAGUCGUUGAAAUCAACGAUUUCAACCAAGGAACAAGAACUUCAAACAUUGUCCAAGAAUGUUGAAAACGAGAAAGAAAAAUCUUCCAAGUUGGAUAGUUCUCUUUCACAAAAAGAGCAAGAAUUGACCAAUUUGAAAAAUGAGAAAUCCACUCUCGAAAACAAGCUUAAAGAACUUGAAAGCCAAUUACGUGCUGAGAAGGAAAAUGCAGCAGACCUUGAAAAGAAAUUAUCAGCCACUCAAACGACACUUUCUCAAUACGAAAAAACCAUUGAGGACAAAUCAAAAGAGAUUCAAAAUUUGAAUAACAAGAUUGCUGAGAAUACUUUACAAAUUGAAAGUUUACAAAAACAAAAUUCUGAUCUGAGAAAGGAAAUUGAAGAAAUCAAUUCACAACUUGGUCAGAAGAGAGAAGAGGUCAGCAAGUUGCGAGAUCGUGCUGAAAAAGCAGAAAAGCAAAACGAAAUUCUCAACAAUGACAAGGUAAAAUCUGAAAAUACCAUUGCUGAGAUUAAGUCAAGUCUUCAAGAGGCAGCCAAAAAAGAACUCGAGUCCAAACAAAACAUUACCUCACUUCAGGAGCAAUUGAGCAAUUUACAAAAUAAGCUCAAAUCGAAAGAGGAAGAGGCUAAUAUACUUCAACAACAACUUGAUCAAUUGCAAGAAAAAUCAGUCGAGUCAUCAUCUGUACUUGCCACUCAAAACUCGUCGAAUCUUCAACGAAUCAAAGAACUCUCUUCUGAGAUUACUCAAUUGCAAGAUGAGAAAUUGAAACAAAAGAAUCAGUUGCAAACAGAGAUUGAUUCACUCACACAAUCUGUUGACAAGCUAAAUAAGGAGAAGGAAGUCUUCUCUGUGGAAAUUUCAAACUUGCGUUCUCAAUUAGAGAAGGAAUCCUCUGAAUUGGUGGAAUGGAAGAAGAAACAUGAGAGUGCUUUAUUGAAUUUGGAAAAUGCUGAAAAAGCCAAAGACAAACUUGAAAAACAAUUCGAGACUGAAAAAUCUACUCUCCAAAAACAACAUGUACAACAAGUUCAGCAACUACAAGAAGAGCACUCUCGAAAUAUUGAAGAAGAAAAGACAUCUUCUCAAAACAAGAUUGAUAAAUUGACCAAUGAAUUGCAGGAGGUUGAAAAGAAGCUAAAAGAUUCCAAAGUCGAGUUGGAUCGCGUUACUACUGACUAUGAGAACAAAUUAUCAUCUCUUCGUGAUGCCAAUCAAAAACUUGAGAAGGAUCUUUCCGAAAAAAGCAGUGCCGUGCUCUCCAACAUGUCAAGUGUAGAGAGUAUCAAUAAUGAGAAACAAGAAUUGUUGAAGAAGGUUGAAUUGUUGCAAAAUGAUCUCAAGGAAAAGGAUUCCCAAUAUCAACAGCUUGUCAAAGAUCAUGAACGUGUGAAGAAAGAACUUCAGGAUGAGCAAAAUAAUUUGGCCAGCUUGAAAUCGACAUUGGAAGAGACCAAGAAAGAUCUUACUCAAGCACGUUCUGAAUGUGAAGAUCAAAAAUCUAUAAUGGAACUUCUCAAGUCUGCACACAAGACCGAGGUUGAAUCGCUCACAACUCGUUGGACAGCAAGACAUGAAAGUGAAAUCAAUCAACUGAAACAAAGCCUCUCUGAGGAACAUAGUCAAGUGAAGACUCUACACUCUUUGGUAGAAGAGAAAAACUCUGAGAUUGAGAAAGUUAGAACAGAAUUGGUUGAUUCACAAUCAAAGGUCGACAAUUUGGAAAUUUCUCUCAAAGAGGAAAAGCAAAAAGGAGCCCUUAUGAUUCAACAAACCAAAAGUGAACUCGAAUUGGAAAAGAAUAAGGCAGUUGAAGAAGAACGUAAAGUUGUGACAGCUCGAUACGAAAAUGAAAUUGUCGAAAAAAUUAAGGAAGUCACAGAAAGACAUUCUGUAGCUUUGAAAGAGCACGAAAAGAAAUUGCGAGAUGUGGAAAAUGAUCAUUUACAAGCUGUCGACGAUUUGAAAGUCAAACAUCAAGCAGAGUUAGAAAAAUUGCAACAAAAGCACAAACAAGAACGACUCGAGUUACAACAAGAAAUUAUGGACUUGACUGACAAAACUGAAGAGAAAGAUAACACCAUUUCAGAUUUGGAAAAUCAAAUCUCAAACAUUCAUUCAGAUUAUGAAGACAAGAAAGCAGAGCUUGAAGGUGAACUCGACACGAAAGUCGACAUGAUCAAGAAACUCGAAAAGGAACUUGCUCAAUACAAGUCCAAGUGUGAACAAUUGGAAGAAGAAAACAAGAACAAAAACCAAGCAGCCAAAGAAAAGAUUUCUGAACUCAACUCCACCAUUACUGAUCUUAAUGACACCAUCACCUCACUCAAUGAAAAGAAUGAAAUGUUAUUGAAACAAUUGUCACAACAGGCCGAACAAAUUCAACAACAAGAGCAAGAGCUCCUUUCUGCCAAACACAAACAAGAAGGAUUGCAAGCAGAACUUAAACAAGCCGAAGCAAAACAAGAAAAGUUAAAGGCACAACAAGAAAAGCAACCUGAAAAACAACCACCAUCCACAGCAGCAACACCUGUCAUUCAUGAUGACACUCAAAUCUCGUCUUCCAACGAUGAAGUUUCUAACAAUGGCCAAUCCCAACCAGUUGCUACAACUAAAAAGGUCGUUCGUGUGGUUCGAAGAACUGUGGUCAUGCCAAAAGAAGGUCAACCAACAACAACAACAGCAUCAACCACAACUGCAACAACUACUGAACCCACUUCUCCAUCGUCGUCAACCACUACCUCAACAACAACAACAACAGCAACUUCUCCAGUCAGUUCACCAACUCCCAUGAAAAAGACAUUAAGUACUAGUGGAUCGAUUAUUGUGACCUCACCUUCAUUGCAACAAUCAAAAUCAACUUCUACUACCGAGAGUUCUUCACAACCUUCCUCUACUGAAAAUACUGAUUCAACAGCAGCGGUCACUACCUCAACAACGACAUCUUCGACAACUAGUACGGAUGACACUUUGAAUGAUUACUAUGAAGAUAAUGAACCAAACUUGGAAAAUUUGGGAGCACCAAAAUCAAGAAGCCGAUUCUCAAUCUUCUCUUCACACUCGGGUGAUGUCAGUUCUGCCGAUAAAAAGAAACGUGCCACUGUUCGUUUGAGAACGACUGGAAUGCCACAAACCAAUGCAACAACAAAUUCUCCAUCGACACCAGUAUUUGGAAGCAACAACUCGAAACAACUCGAAGCAGCUGCUGAUUAUACAAGUGAAUUUACAGCAUUUGCCAAUCCAUUGUUUGAGGCCAAUGGCAAUACUGGCAUGGGUGACAACUCGACAACAACAUCUUCAUUCUCUUCAUCGUUAUUAAGCGCUUCAACGACAGUACGAACAGCCGUUCGAGGAUCCACUCUCAUCAAUGUGAAAUCCAAAGCCACAAAUUCCUCAUCCUCAUCUCUGACACGAAGCAGUGGCAGUAGUGGAAAUUUGUCAACAGCCGAUCGAGCAGAGAAGGCAAAAACCAAAACAGGAUUUCUCGUAAAACAAGGAGGAGGAUUUAAGAGUUGGAAGAAACGAUAUUUCGUGAUUGAACCUGUUGAAAAUUCUUCAAGUCAAUACCAACUCUCGUAUUAUAAACAGAAAGGAGAUCCAAAACCAAUUGAUUCCAUUCCAUUGAAAGGUACUCGAGUGCAAUAUGCUUCUGACAGUGACAAGGAAUCGAGUGGAAGAUUGUAUUGUUUCAAAUUAUCGACCACAUCUCGAACCUAUGUGUUUGAUGCUUCCUCUGUGGAGGAUCGAACAGAAUGGGUCGAUGCUUUGGAUAUUUUGAUUGUCUUGUCCAAUAAAUAUAACUAA